AUGAAGGCUGCUGAAGAAGAAGCCAUGGAUUGCUUAGAGCUUGGUCAGACAUUAAAAAAUCAAAGUAAUUCACUGCAACCUGAGCCAAUUGCCAGUUGUCUUGACUUUUUUCUCUUGCCACUGGGCUUGGAUGAUUCAGGAAAUAAGACUAAGCAACACCUAGUCAACCUUCCGGUAGAAGCUAUUUUUCUGACAAAACGACAAGGGAGGAGAACGUGGGGUGGCGGAGAGGGCGGCCGGCCUGGGCAGCAUGGGACGGGCGGGGGCUCCGGGGCCACUGUGCCGGGCCGGCUCUCCGGUCCGGCCUCUCCGGGUGCGGCUGGUCCCGGGGGACUGAAAAGAACCGUGUUGUCUUGUCCCCCGGGCAAGGUCUUCAUCCAGCGGGACUACAGCAGUGGCACACGGUGCCAGUUCCAGACCAAGUUCCCUGCCGAGUUGGAGAACCGGAUUGACUGGCAGCAGUUUGAAGAAACAGUUCGUACUCUAAAUAACCUUUAUGCAGAAGCAGAAAAGCUUGGGGGCCAAUCUUACCUCGAAGGCUGUUUAGCUUGUUUGACAGUAUAUACUAUCUUUUUGUGCAUGGAAAAUUAUGAGAAGGUUCUGAAGAAAAUCACCAAUUAUAUUCUGGAACAGAACGAGAAGAUUUAUGCUCUGCAGGGUCUCCUUCUGACAGACCCAAUUGAGAGAGGACUUCGUGUUAUUGAAAUUACCAUUUUUGAAGACAGAGGCAUGAGAAGUGAAAGAUAAACCAUGGAGUUAAAGAGUCCGUUUCAGAAUGGGACUCUCUUCUGUCCACCGGCCAACUGCAGAGUGUCCCCUACCUCCUCUCCAAGCAUCAUUCCUUUGUAUCUGCUGCCAGAGCCACGGUGCCAUUCUACUCCAAGGACUAACUUUCUAAAAUUCCGCUCCUGGGGUGACAUCUAGUCGCUCAGCAUCCACUUUGUGUCUUUAAACUGUGUAG